AUGCCUCCCAGUACAUCCCCAGACCAUGCCGCACUCCUCCAUGCUCUCACAAACACCACCCUCCAUGCCCUCACAAAACGGGCAGACUCCGUCCCCAACACAUUUCAGACAAACACCAUCAUCGGCGCAUGCGUAAUGUUCUUGGCUAUCCUCAUAGCUUGGAACAUCCCCAUCCUGAGGGAUGUCAUAGCAGGGCUGAAGCUAUUCACCGUUGGCCUCCAUGAACUAUUUCACCUAUCGGCUGGGCUAUUAUGUGGCGGGCAAGUGGUCAGCAUCUGUAUCGAUCCGAACGAUGGAGGCGCUACUCAUGUAAUGGGUCUCAUGCGAACCACCCCACGAAUUCCGAGAGAUCCAUACGCUAUGCCGACAUAUCCUCAAAUGUUCUGGAGUCCUUCGGCUCUGAUUACCUUGUCUUCUGGGUACAUCGGGUCAUCCAUAAUUGGUUUUCUUUUUGUCUUUUGCGGGUUCGACAUUGUGGCUUCCAAAGCAUGUGCUCUAGUCAUACACUUUGGCUUACUAGUGCCAAUCAUGCGCGCCGACCACUGGAUAGCCUUUGCCAGCAUCAUUGUCUGCGAGGCCGUUCUCGUUGGGCUAUGGUUCGGCGACCACGGAAAUGCUCUUCGCUUCUAUGUCAUCUUCGUCGGCAUGAUGAAUCUAUUCUACGUCGUUUGGGACUAUAUUGACGAGAAGCUGUUCGACAAACGCAACACCUCUGAUUGCGCCCAGUUUUCAGAACUGCUGGGAUGGCCCACAAGCUCUUGGGCCAUACUAUGGUUCAUCUAUGAUGUGUUGGUGUUUACGAGCGCAAUAUUUGCUGGUAUCAUUGUUUUCCGAAGAACAAACGAUCAAAUGUAUGCUGAGGCGUGA